AUGUCCAGUACUCAGGAGACGCGAAAAGGUGAAUUCGUCUGAGGUCGAAAAUUUCAAACCGAAUUCAAAAGACACGGAUGAAUAAGCCCAGAACUUGAACGCAGAUGCCAAAAUUCGCAUGAAGAUUUCCGAACUGAAUUUAUUACGUGUCCAUUCUAACUUUUUAUUGGGAUCCUAAUCAUUUCCUUUGUCAAAGAGUGCAUCGUCUCGACUCGGUUUAGAAUCUGAACUAGAUCUAGCUUUUUGAAACUCUGGCCUUAUAUUUCCGCAUCACAUAGGACCUUGUCGUACGAAAACUGAAAAUGAAAAACAAACUAACCGAGCUGCAUUAUAAUCAGCUGGUAAACCUAUGCACCCUUUAUUUUCAUGUGCUUUAACCCUCAGCGUAAUGGUUGAAGCGAUGCAAAUGCUACCCGCUCUAUGACACGGAUUUGUAGUAAUUGGUCAGGAACAAGUAGGUUAAACCUACGGAGCACUCUUCCGGCCCUACUUGAAGUAUAAUGUGCAGGCCCGCUCCGAAAAGGAUCUUUAGUUGCUGAAACGAAAGCCGACAAGGGUUACGAAGAUGGGAAAGAAUCUUCGCGCCGUGUCGUCCGAAGCCAGGCCAGUUGAACUUAGUUUGUUUCUCCUGAAAAAUACCCGAAUACACAAUAACCUAAUUUAUAUCUACCGGACUGUUAGAGGCCAGGAAUUUGUCCUACACUUCGAGGACUUCUUUGACUUGGCCGUAAGUGACCGUCUGCAUGAUCAUCCCAGUAGACCGCAGAGGAGUUUGGCCCAUACAAAAUUCCUACGAAACAUCAUUCUGCAGGGAGUCGUUAGAACUUGGAACAGACUGUCUGCUGCGGGAUGUUUCCAGGUACUGUCGAAACAUUUAAAUGCAAACUUGAUGCUCACUUUGCGAGAAACUAAUGUACUUGUAAUAGAGAUUUUAUCAGUGAUGGCGGUUUGCUCCUUGCCCACCGAUGCGGAUACCUUUGCACUUUUCGUAGGUAUUGAUGUAAUAAUUUACUCUUUUGCAUUGGCUGAUAUUCUCAGGGAGCUCAAGAAUGAAGAUGGUAAUUGGAACUAUCGUUAGACAGACUACAAGUAAAACCAUGAUGCUGGAGGUCAAGAAUGACCCGGAAUCUUUAGUAAGCGCGAAACCAUGAGUUGACUUUGUCCCGUUAAACCCCCCUAAAUCAGAGGAAGACGAUAAACGGGAUAUCGUCAUCAUGCUAGUUGACGAUUUUUAACAGUGGAAUGACGCAGACGGGUACGCUCUUCAAAAGAGUCUCAGCCGAGUCAACAUUUGGUUACUCGUUAGCUCCUCAAUUUUAAUGUAAACAACUGUGUGCUCACGAGACUUCGCACUAGAAAAAUCAGUAGGGAGGAUGAUCCAUAUAAAUAUAUUUUUGAUAGGAAAGCCUUUUAAAUUCAGGGAAACAGAAGGACCUCGGCGUCCGAAUAACCUCUUCGCUUAAACCAUCGUCGCAGGUGUUAUUUGCUCUGAGACAAGGAUUUGAGAAGAUUUAUGGGGGACUGUUCGCGAAAUUCUAUGAGGCUUUUGUUCGGUCUCACUUGGAGUAUGCCGUCCAGGCCUGCGUCUGUGGUUUAAGAAGGAUAAUAAACAGUUGGAACGAGUAUAUAUGAUUGGUACGAAGAUGUCGAGGAACCGUUAUCAUCAGCCUUACGAAGUCAGACAGACUGGAUUUUAUUUAUUUUUCUUCAGUUGCAUGUGUGCCGUGAUCUUAUUCAGCCCUGUUGGAUUGUACAUUUGACCUCUAUGACUCCAUCGAAUUGACUGGAACGAGCCGUCUGUAUGUUCAUCUCUUCAAACUGUAGAGGACAGUAGUCCGCACGGACAUCCGAUAACACGUUCUCUCGCAGAGAGUCGUUGGCGCAUGGAAUGGACUCCUGACGUAGUGAUCCUUUCAAAAACUACGGAACCACUUAAAUGAAAAAUAGAUAUCCAUUUGCUGAGAAAAUGCUGCAUAUAUAAUCACUAUUCUACUUGCGACGUCAGUUUGCGCUUGGCUCACACAUACCGAUCACUUUACAAUUUCCAGAGCCACCGCUGUAAAAACUGAUUAUAUUGCUGUUUUCCGAAAUUGGUAGUGAGUUCAAGGGCAAAAGCACCAUUCCCUUGAUAAAGAGAUUUAAAAUGACUCAAACUGUCUUGCUAGCAUAUCCCUCUCUCCUCGAAACUGGGCCAAUCUGAGAUGCAAGUUGUCAUGGUACAAUCUAGGUAGUGGUUUUCCCUCUAUUCUCAUACAGCUGCUUAACUAUAUUACAUUUUUUGCGACCCAGACAGUAUGGGUAGGUACCUUGCAUAUAUCGCCAUGCGGAACCAAUCGCGCAGGUAAAUUACUCCUGAUUAUCAGCGUUUGGAUCACUGGGAUGGAGUGGACCAGAUCCUGAACGGUCAGGAAGAGACCGGGGUUUCAACAGUUACCCACGUUGACACAAGUGCUCUAAUAACGAAUAACAAGAGACAAUUUAUUUCACGAAUUUUCCUAGACGACGAUUUAUGCAAUACACCUGUCUCCCCGUCUUUGCUACAAAAGUCUGCAGUGUUUUUAAGCAUUUGUUUCAAAAAUAAAAGGCAAACGAGAUCUUGGACUGGACCAUGGCACUGAGCAACCCAAUUCGACCCACCCAUUAUGGUGAGGACAUGUGCCAUCAGUGCGGUUUCGAAUUCUCAACAUCUGUGGAUUGUUCUUAUUGACACUUUAAAGUCGAGGUCAAGGCACGUAUGUCAAUUUCGAAGUCGAGUGAAGCCUUGCAUCUUCUUCGAUGUUCCCAGGCAACUGAUGCGUAUUUUGACUGACUUCUUUUAAAAGUCGGGUAUAAUUUUUUCCUGUCCUAUUAAAUGGUUUGCUAAAAUAGCUGCAUUUUGCGAAUCCCCGUUUACUGAUGUCGUGUAAGACCAUCUCUUUCUGGUGACUAAGUAAAUUAGCAUUAGUGCUUGCUGUCCUGUGCGUUUUGCGGAAUGUAAGCAAUUUUUUGAUCUUUGUAUCGCAACCAAUAACCUGCCUAGUACCUUGUAAUGCCCCGAAGAAGACUUGCUCAAAGACCGAAAAAUCGCGACCUCCUCGCCAUCUUUGAGUGCUAAAAUCGGGGUCGGGAGACAGAACAGGUACCAGUGUGUAUUCUCAGUCUUCUCUAGAUAUUGCUAACUAAAAAAUCCUGUUAGUCCAUAUAGAACCUCUUGACUCUUUAUUCGUCCAAAACUACGCCUCUGCCAGUCGUAGCAGAGCAUCAUCCGACGAAAUACUAGAUCACCUGAUAAAUGGCAAUAUAAACAGUGUAUCCCACAAAGUUUUUAAACAAGCGUUUAAACUUAUUGGGGGUAAUAAACUCCGAAACUGAGAAGAGGAAAAAGCAUAACAUGAUACUGCGUAACAUUCCGAAUAAAAAGUAGGUUAUUGAGAGUGCGCGUUCAUUUUUACAAAGUUGUGGCUUGGGUUUCAGUGUCGCGCAAGCUAAAGUAUUGUGUUCGCUCAGUCGUAAUGCACCUAUACUAGGUACUAUGUUCUCCUUACUAAAUGUUGACUAUAUCUUGUCGAGGAAGAAGAAAGUUGGGAAAUUAUGUCGUAAAUGGCGUUGCUCAAUUUCCUGGAUCUCACACCUAUGCAGAGAAGACUAAUCCUUUUGGAGGUGUCUAAAAUCAACAGAUAUAACGGCCCCUGUUGUUAUGACGAAUAAGGCUUAUUCAACAUCAUCUGCGGCCACACCCAUUCAUGACAUAAUGAGUUCCGUAGGGAACUUAGCUAAUUUUGGUGCUGAGACCUCUGGACGCCACAACAGGCCAUGUAUACAAAUACCCCUCACGACUCACCCAGCAACCUCUCCUAACUCAAAGCAAGUGCCUAACUCAAGAACGAGUCCAAGUGUAAUUUGAUCCACUCGUACAGUGGGUAAAUUCAGAUCUUCUAAGAACUCUUUCCCUUCAUAAUCGCCUGCCACUCUCUCAAACUCCAUGGCCGCAGAUAUAGCAUGUUUCCUCCCGUCCGCCUUCAGACCUCAUCUGUAGGCGUUUAGGCCGAAUAUGCUGACAUUCCCGUCUUUAAAAAGAGUUUCGCCCCAAUCUUAGCAGUGCGUCCUUCACCCCCAAUACGUGCCCUCCACGGUUAUUUUAUUGAUGUUAUUCUCAUGCAAAUGUUCAUACGAGAUCGGUUAACUCACUCGAUCCUCGGUUUUAUUUCGGCGGGAAUGGGUUAUAGUAUCCUACCUAUGGAGUUCCAGUAAAACAUCAGCCAACAAGCGAUAGUAAUCAGCUUCCCUGUCCGUCACUUCCUUUCCCAAAUCCAAAUCCUCUUUAUCCACGUCAGCGUCUUUUUAUGUACACAAUUUUUGCAGAACCGGACAGGUGCAUCAGGGCCGUAUAUUACGUGGACAGCCAAACACUGGUCGACGUAGCUCAUCUCCCCCAGAAAAAAGGUCCUACUCCCAAAAUAUUUUGUUCUUUAUGCCAGAUCCUUGUUAAAUAAGAUGUCUAUGCUUCAGACUCCGGUGUUCGUUGAUCACCCAGAUAUUGUUUUAUUAACGGAGACAUGGGCAAGGGCUUCCGUAACUGACUCUGAACUCAUUCUUCUAGGCUAAAUUUACAUUCGCAAUGAUCUCAAGACAGUCGUAGUGAGGUAAGUUGCAUCUACUUUAAUCAAACAAUUGCGUUUCUGUUCCUAGAUCUCCCGACUUUUUCCGCGGUUGAAGGCGGGUGCUGGCUCCGAAUUGCACCGAAAAGGUCGCGGAUUCGAGCCUCGAGUGUCCUACACUUCGGGGUUGGGUAUGACUGGCUAACAUCGCCCAAUAAGCCGGAAAUGGCUUUUCCAGUCUGUCUUGUCUUUGUCAGUAAUAACAUGAUGCGAACUUAGGAAUUUUGUUUGUCGAAACCGAAUUGUUUGCCGCUAAGGCAAUUUGGCCUUCCUCUGGGUUUUCCACGUUUUCCGAGUCGUAUAGUAUUUUACUUGCAGACAGGGCAAAAUCACUCAAUAUGGGGAAAAAAUCCAAACAAGGAAAGGCUCGUAAAGAUAAAUUUUACUUUCUCGCGAAAGAGACAGGUUUGAGGUUUACUUACUGUAUACUUUUCAGGUUACCGUUCACGAGCUGCCUUCAAAUUGAUUCAACUGAACCGUCGUUUCAAUUUCCUUGGUUCAUCUAAGGUUCUUAUUGAUCUCUGUGCUGCACCUGGCGGCUGGAUGCAAGUUGCAGCGAAGGAAAUGCCAGUGAAUAGCGUCAUUAUUGGCGUGGAUCUCAUGCCGAUUAUGCCUAUUCCUAACUGCAAAUCUAUUGUAGCAGACAUUACGACUGAAAAGUGUCGUCAGGUACUUAUAAAUGCUAUUUGUUAUGUUUCGGUAGUUGUUAAGGGCCGCGCUACUUCAUAACAAAGCGGAUGUCGUUUUGCAUGAUGGUGCACCGAACGUGGGCACUGCAUGGACCAUCGAUGAAUAUAGCCAAGGUGCGUGUGUUAUUGACUUCUAUUUUUGGCAGCAUCUUUGUGUUUAAAGUCCUUCGCGCUUGCAACGGAAUUCUUACGAAACGGCGGAUGGUUUAUAACAAAAGUAUUUAGAAGCCGCGAUUACGAGCCGUUGAAAUGGGCCAUCUCACAGUUCUUCCGCAAAGUGCGGGUAUUAAAGCCGGAGGCGUCGCGCCUUGAAUCCGCCGAAAUUUUUUUGGUUUGCCAAGGCUAUCUUUUUCCUUCGCAUAUCGACCCGAAGUUCUUGGACCCUAAACACGUCUUCGGUGAAGUCGAGGUUGCGAAAUCCCGCGAUACUGUGGUUUCCUCCCUUCUACGUCGUUCGAAUAAAAGAAAGCAAGUUGAUUUUUUAUCCACUUAUUCCCGUAAUUUGGUAGUCGUGUGGUGUUGGGUUUCUGAUCAGUCUCGACACUUUUCCGACAUUUUACCUCGGUGUUCUGCCCGUGGAAUGUUGUGAGCAUUUUACCUAUUAUGCCUGACCGAUUGAAUUGUUGCUAUUUGGAGCAAGUAGCCGUAUUUACCCUACAAAUUAUGUAGAAAUGUUUUGUUUAUGGGCAUCAAGACAUUGCUUGUUUUUCGCGUCGGCAUAUUCCUCUUCGAAGGCAGAAAUAAUUGCCCAGAAAGGCGAAAUCCCCGGCGCCUGGACUGUUUUAGCCUGAAAAAGGGGUUACUUACGCCAAGUUGUUUGACUUUUUCAGCAGUUCCUUAAUACACGCGUCCAAGCGUUGUGCUUUUACGGUAUACUCCAAACAUCUUUAUCUUGGUUCUAGAUUUUCUCGACCCUUUUUUCGAGACUUCCUUGUGUCACUUAUGCUUUUUGUCUAUAGGAAGGCUGAAGGAUAUGAUGACGAAAAACUGUACAAAGAAACACCUUUAUCAGCGUUUAUGAAUUCUGAUGAUCCUUUGAAAUGUCUCGCCUACUCAUAUAAGGUACGAAAAGCCGUUUUAAGAGACGUCUGCAACGAUUUUUUGCUAUCUCCAUCGAUAUACCUUAGGGGUUAUUUCUUCAUUAAUAGCAGAAUACACAUAGACGACCGCACCUUUUGGUUAACUUUUGUAUUCCUGUAGAGUAGACUUGGAUUCUAAGUAGUUUCGAUGCGUUAUGACGCCGAUUGUAUAUGUUAUCUGAUUUUAUAAAAGUGACGAAAGUUUGUUCUAGCCUACGAUUAGAUGUCUUUACCCACGGCUACCGUUACAGUGGGCAUUAAUUCAGCCCAAAAUGAUUUUACUUGCUCUGCGAGCAUCAUUUUACAAGUUUCACGUUGUACAGCACAGUACGCAUCUGUAAUUUCCGAGUUUCCCGCAUCCAUUUUCACCUCAACAUUCUGUAGAUAUCCUGCGACAGGCCUGAGCUGUUGGAACAUCCACUUACUCCGGCUUACAUCAAAGAUUCCUUGGAUGACAUACAAGUUCUUGGCAAGGCUGAAAUUCGGUACGUAUGAACAGAUUUUCUUAUAAUUUGUCCUUUGUAGUGCUAUACUCACUUGGAGGAAAAAAAUACUAAAAGCUUUGGAAGCCAACAACAAGACCGAGACGGGGAAGUGA